ACUUCUAACAAAAUGGAACCUUACAAUUUUUGUUCCUCAUUGGAAACAUUGACACAACAUGUCAACACUAUCACUGAUCUUAUUAUCUCACCUCAUCACUGUUUUGCACUGCUUUUGGUUGCAUUUCUAGCAACCCUCUACUUUGCAUGCAGAAGAAAAUCACCCAUUUAUUUGGUAGACUUCACCUGCUACUGUGCACCCAGUUCCUAUAGGCUACCACUGGCCAUGUUUGAAGAGAAUCAACUUUAUGAUAACAUGGAUCCUGAGGCUGUUGCUUUCCAAUGCAAGAUCAUGGCCAAGUCAGGAUUCAGUGAGCAAACAUCCAUUUCUCCAUCCCUUGCUCAGAUACCUAAAGUAAAGGCUCUCACCUUUGCCCUAGAGGAGGCUGAAACAAUAAUGUGUUCAGUAAUCAAAGACUUGUUUGAGAAACAUAACAUCAACCCUAAAGCCAUUGACAUACUCAUCACCAAUAGUAGUGUGUUUUGUCCCACCCCAUCUCUUAGUGCCAUGGUGGUUAACAAGUUCAGAAUGAGGAGCAACAUCAUGAGUUUCAACCUGUCAGGUAUGGGAUGCAGUGCUGGAAUCAUAUCAAUGAGUCUGGCUAAGGACUUGUUGAGAGUUCAUAGGAAUUCAUUGGCUUUGAUAGUUAGCACAGAAACUCUUAGCCUAAAUUGGUACACUGGCAAAGUCCCUUCUAUGCUGCUAUCUAAUUGUCUAUUUAGAAUGGGUGGAGCAGCUAUAUUGAUGUCUAGCAGGGUGCAAGAUAAGCACAAGGCAAAGUAUACACUGCAGCAUAUUGUCAGAACAAUCACAGCACAGGAUGGUCAAUCUCAUGGCUGUGUGUACCAACAAGGGGAUCCAGAGAACAAGGAAGGUGUAUCAAUAUCAAAGAACAUAGUCAAUGUGUCUGGUGAUGCACUGAAGAAAAAUAUAGCUUCACUAGGACCAUUGGUUCUGCCUUUGAGGGAGCAAUUCCUAUAUUUGUUUUCCAUUGUUUGUCGCAAGCUGUGGAGUGCAAGGAGAAUAAGCAUUUAUACUCCAAAUUUCAACCAUGCUUUUGAGCAUUUCUGCAUACAUUCAGGGGGAAGAGCCAUCAUACAAGCCGUGGAAAGAAACUUGAGGCUGAGGAAACAGGACGUGGAGCCGUCAACCAUGACUCUUUAUAGGUUUGGAAAUGUUUCAUCUUCUUCAAUUUGGUAUGAGCUGAGCUACAUAGAAGCAAAAGGGAGGAUGAAACGUGGGGAUAGGGUGUGGCAAAUUGCCUUUGGAAGUGGAUUCAAGUGUAACAGUGCGGUUUGGAAGUGUGUGUGUGACGUGAAGCCAGACACUGCAACUGCAUGGAGGGAUACAAUUCACUCUUACCCUGUGGAUAUCAUGAGAACAAACUGAGGAUACUCAUCAUUCUGGAUAUGGGUCUGUCUUCGGCUGCCUUCUAAUUUCAAGCUCCAACAUCUUAUAUUCAUUCUCAAAAGUGAAAUUAUUUCAUUUGAAAAAGGAAAAAAAAAUGAUUAUAUCGCUGUAGCUACAGCUCGAUAACUAAUCUGUUCACUUUGUUUACCAAUGACUGCA